CUGGGGUCUCAGUCGUAUUUGAAACUUGGCGACGCACGGUUUACUUUUCAGUUUUUCAGUUUUCACUCAAUCCAAUCGCUGCCGAGUGUGCCAAGUGUGCGAGUGCAAGUGUGUGUGCUGUAUAUAAAUUGUUGCGAAUAAACAAACAAACAUCAGCAGCAACAACAAGAGCAACAACAAUCAUAAGUUCAUAUCAAGCAAAGCAUUCAUUAUACUUGCUUAUAAACAAAAAUCCCACUCACUGCUAGAUCGAUACACAUACUAUAUAGUACAUACUAUAUAUCCACAUCUCUAGCUAUACUCAAAACUGGCCAAAAGUCACUAAAAAUAGCCGCGGAAAUCGAUAAAUAAAUAAAGAAGAGUACACAAUUUCUACCACACCUCAGAAAGUUCCUUCUCCUCCCCAAAAAAAACCCAAAAGAAACGAAAUUUUAAUUGCGACUUGGUGAAAAGAAAUAAACUGAAACAAGAGCAAAGAAUAAUGCAAAUAAUGUUACGCCAAUAAUUCGCGACAAUUAAUAAUUGACACAAGCAACAAUUAAGCAAUACUCACAGCUAUUGACAAUAUUAAAAUGUUAGCAAGAUGUUCACCCAUUGCCCUGCUCCUGGUGCUUCUGAUGGUGCUCCAGCUGGCAGACGGCGAAAGGAGUCGAGAGUUUCGCCAUAAUCAACAGUCACAAUCACAGUCACCGCCACCACAAUCCCAAUCGCAGUCGCAGGCGUUGUCGCUGUCGCUCUCGGAAUGCGCCGCCAAGCAGGGGGAGUGCGACGACAGCGAGGGUCCCGUUUGUGGCACCGAUGAUCAGACCUAUCCCACGAGGUGUCACCUGCAGCGGGUCCAGUGCAGCGGUCACCAGGUCAGCCUCAAGCAUCGCGGCAACUGCAAGGGCUGCCUAGCUGCGCUGCAGUACGCUGUCCGGGAGAGCGUCCGCAAGCCGAAAAUCUUCCUGCCCCGGUGUCGCAGCGAUGGCAACUAUGCGGCGGUGCAGUGUCUGACCGGCACGGGAUGCUGGUGCAGCGACAGCAAUGGGCAUCCCAUCAAGGAUACUUCGAGGCGUCGGGGCAAGCCCAAGUGCGGACAGUAUAAGAGGAAUAAUCGCCGCCGGUCGCCGCCACGCCCCGAUAUGGAUGCGGCCAAUAGCAGCGAGGGAGGCGGAUCGGGACAUCGGAGUUGCAGUAAAACGGAUCGCAUGGCAUUCAACAAUCAUCUAAUCGAAGUGUUUCGCAGUGAAAUGCUGCGCAUUGGCAAAUUGACAGCGGCCAGCGAUGCCGCUGUGUUGGAUUGGAAGUUUACGCAGUUGGAUGGGAGUCGCAAUCAGUUGCUGGACAGGCAAGAAGUGCGUGAGCUGAAGAAGCUCUUGAAGCGGGCGGUGAAGCCCAGACGAUGUGGACGUGCCUUUGGCAAGUACUGCGAUGUCAACAGAGACGAUAGCCUGUCGCGCCUGGAGUGGAGCAACUGCCUGGCCAAAGAUGCCAGCCAACGUAAAACGACAGUUAACACACUGAACAGCAGCUCAACAUCCAGCUUGAGCCCUCCUCGUCGCACACACUACACAGAUCUCAACAUUCAUCACACAAACACCCAUCAAGAUCAUACGAAUACCAAUAUUAUUGGAACCAUCAGCAGCAGCAGCAGCAAUAGCAACAACAAUCGUGGUGGUGGCGGUGGCGUUAACCAACUCAGUGUCCAUCAUCCGAAUGAUUUUGGCAACGAGAGUGAGGAGCACGAGGAUGAUUAUAUUGGCGAGGAUGAGGAUGAGAGCAUGUCACAUUCAAGCACAUCCCCAGUGGGAUAUCCCAAGUCAUUUAAUUCGCUUGGCAAGCUUUCAAAGGGCAAAAUCGAAUCUAUUCUAAUGGACCUCUCCUCCACAGUUCUGAAUCCCAAGGAUGAGACAGCGAACAAUGAGAGCGAAGGAGAGGCCAAUUGCUGGACGGAUCAGGAGCUGGCACGCGAGGAACAGCGCCAUGGCGGCAAUAGCUCCUUCUAUGUGCCCGAGUGCAUGGCCGAUGGUCGCUAUAAGCGUGUCCAGUGCUACAGCUCCAUCUGCUGGUGUGUCAAUGAGGAAACGGGCAAGAGUAUAACGGGAACCUUUGGCCAAAAGCGACCGCAAUGCGAUGAAGUGACCGCUGUGCGACCCAUGAAGGGUUGCACGGGACCACGAAAGACGCAGUUCCUCAAGGAGCUGAAAGAGUUUCUCAACACAAAAGUGCUGCCCAGCAGUAAUACAGGCCGUGACUCGACCUUGUGGAAGUCGGAAGAUGAACGCAUUGCCACGCUGAGUUUUGUGUUUUUGGACAAGAACAAGAACAAGUCGUGGGAGCGCAAGGAAUGGAAGGUCUUCCGAGAUCUGGUCACCAGCGCCAGCAAUUUGAAUAAAUGUGGCAAGAAAAUGCCUCGUUACUGUGAUGUGAAUGGCGAUAAGAAGAUCUCAUUAUCCGAGUGGGUCAACUGUCUACAGUCCCAGCGAGUGGAGAUUACAACCACAGCGAAGCCGCCACAGUCAAAUGAAAUGGGCACGUCCCGGCUUCAGGGAUCAAAUCCGCUGGAGCAAUAUCUUAAAGAUUAGUUUAUAGUGGAAGAAAUGUUGCUUGUUUUGUGCUGCUACUCAUUAGAUGUCGUCGUGCCAUGUUGCGUGGAGAAAGGAGCUUUGAAUAUAUCCACCCACUCAUAUACACACACACUCACUCACCCACACAUACACACACUCACAUUCCUAGCAUAUAGAUUCUACGAUUUACAUGUAUAUGUAAUUAGUGUUGUAAAUAUUAUUCGAUAUAUAAAUGUUUAGGUUAAUUGUAAGAUUGUGCGCACUCAAUUCAAAUUCAUUUACAUUGGCGGGCAUGCUAACAUUCUGUAAACGCCAGUUAACAGAGCUCUGUUAACGCACAUGCGAGUCUCAACGCAGUUAUCGAUAACAGCAAAAAAGAAACGGAAAUCGAAUUUAAGAUCGUAGACUCCUUUAUUUGGCAGAAGUUAAUACUACUAAUUAUACGGACUAUGCUUGCAAAUUUAUAUACAGAGGAAACAUUAAGCUAAACGCACUAGGUUGUUUAUAAAGCCAUGUUCAUAGAACAGAGUUGAUCACACGUUACGUAGUUUUUGGUUUACUAUUGUUGCUGUUGCGCUUCAUCAACAAACUGGACAAAUUGCUGUAGGGCAACUCAAAUGCCAUUGAGUACACAAGCGACACCAGAUAGACAAUCAUCAUAAAGCCGCAAGCAACAACGCACUAAAAGUAUAAAUUAGCAUUAAGUAUAUAAAACAACAUUUAAAAGCAAUUACUUACCAUCAUAAAACCAUCAACAUGAGUGCUGGCAGUUGUAAGACUGAAGACAAGUGAGAUUACCAAUGGAUUCAGCAGAUAGAUGGCAUAUGUCAGCCGAUUGAAGUGCUGAAAGAUGGGAGCCUCCAGCAGGCGAGACCACCAAACACCGCUUCCCUUGGAGCUGCGCGAAAUCAUCCAGCAAAUACACA